AUGGCCCAUCUCCAUCUCAGAACAAUAUUGAACCCUCCACAUGUUACUUUAGAAGAUCAUGCUCCGUAUCGUCGGUCACUCUGGUCUAUUAUUGAGUAUAUUACGACGGGGGAGCUAGAGUCUCGAUUAAAAAGUAAAUCGCACUACGAUAAUCGCGACUACUCUGAGCAUAUAUUAUACCCGAAUUUUACUGUCCGAGAAACAAAUGUGGCGUACUACCUAGAGGGAGAAUUUCUGGGGGUACACAACGCUGAUGAUAUCAUUAUCGAAUACCUUGGGCCCCGUCAAGUAUCAAUUAGAGGAAAUUCAAGCGAUAUCGACCUCUCGCAGGAAUGGGGUUAUGAGUUCGAAGAUGCUAAUCUUCAUCAAGCUCGAGGUCAGAUAGCAGAGAGUUCACUUGCUCCACAGCAAAUAUCAGCUAAAGUUGAUCCGAAUCCUGGUGACCACUCUCAACAGCCGGGAGAGAUGCCAAAUUAUACCCAGGGAGCCACGGCCACUGUUCUACUUUCCGAGCGUCAUAAUGGCCCGCUCAAGCGUUCUUUCACAUUCCCUGAGUCCAUCGACUACGAUAAGCUCAGGGCAAGGCUCAAAGAUGGUGUGCUCCGAGUCAGGAUUCAGAAAGCAAGAACUGAAUCAACGUAUCCUAGGUAUAGGGUUGAAUAUUCCUCAUAG